GGACGAGAACAGGGUUUAGGGUUUAUCCCAAGCCCUAUCCUGGAGCCCUCCUCCUCCUAGGGCCAUGGCCGCGCUUCUGGCCGACGGCAUUGCCGCGGCGCGCGUCCUCUCGAGCUGCCUGGAUCGCGGCGCCAGGGAUCAGAAUGUCGCAUCGGCGCGAUUUGUUUGCAGGAGCGUCAAGAGUCCGCAUUUGCUUCACCGAUCGAAGCACCAGCAAGGAUUGAAGCGAGCUGCUAGCAUUCAUGCCACUGCUUCUACUACAGGUUUGAUCGCGCCCGAGGAGAGCAAGACGGUGCAUAGCUUGCCGCAAGGGGAAUCGUGGUCCGUGCACAAAUUUGGUGGGACGUGCGUGGGAACUUGCGAGAGGAUACAAAAUGUGGCUGACAUCGUCGUCGCCGAUCCAUCGCAACGCAAAGUCGUGGUUGUCUCGGCGAUGUCCAAGGUCACGGACGUGCUCUAUCAUCUUGUGGAGGCUGCGGGCUCUCGGAAAGAAUCCUACAUUGAGUCGCUCAAUCUUCUCCUACAAAAGCACAAGGAAACUGCGAGAGCGCUGCUAGUUGAAGGAGCGGACCUGGAGAAGUUUCUAGCCAAGCUUGAAGACGACAUUCGGAACCUUCAAGCCAUGCUUCGUGCUAUAUACAUUGCUGGACAUGCUACGGAGUCUUUCACAGAUUUUGUUGUCGGACAUGGUGAACUAUGGUCUGCUCAAAUGCUCUGUGCUGCUGUGAAUAAGAGGGGUCUCUCUGCUGCAUGGAUGGAUGCAAGAGAAGUGCUUGUUGUUACUCCAACCAGUACAAACCAAGUCGAUCCCGAUUUUGCAUCGUCCGAGACGAGGCUAUUCGAUUGGUAUGCACGCAAUCCAGCUGACACCAUUAUAGUGACAGGCUUCAUAGCUAACACACCCGACAACGUCCCAACCACGUUGAAACGAGAUGGGAGCGAUUUUUCUGCCGCCAUAAUGGGGUCUUUAUUCCGUGCGGCCAACGUGACGAUUUGGACUGAUGUAGAUGGGGUUUACAGUGCUGAUCCACGAAAAGUAAGCGAAGCCGUUGUGCUGAGCACCCUGUCUUACCAAGAAGCUUGGGAGAUGUCCUACUUCGGAGCAAACGUGUUACACCCACGAACAACUUUACCUGUGAUGAAGUAUAACAUUCCGAUUACAAUACGGAAUGUCUUCAAUCUCUCUGCUUCUGGGACGAAGAUAUGUCGCACUACUUAUGAAAGCACCGAUGACGAAUUUCGGGCAGCAGAUUCAGUGGUCAAAGGUUUUGCAACAGUCGAUAACUUGGCACUGGUGAAUGUGGAAGGCACUGGAAUGGCUGGUGUGCCCGGAACCGCGAGUGCCAUAUUUGAAGCGGUCAAGGAGGUUGGCGCAAACGUUGUUAUGAUCUCUCAGGGCAGUAGCGAACAUUCCGUCUGCUUUGCGGUUCCAGAAAAAGAAGUGAAGGCAGUGUCUAAAGCUCUCGAGAAAAAGUUCAAAAGGGCCUUGGACGCCGGAAGACUGUCUAAGAUAGAGAUCGUGCCGAAUUGUAGCAUUUUGGCGGCAGUUGGACAGAAAAUGGCUAGCACUCCUGGAGUCAGUGCGACAUUAUUUGACGCCCUUGCGAAAGCAAAUAUUAACGUUCGGGCCAUCGCUCAAGGUUGUUCGGAAUAUAAUAUUACAGUGGUGGUGAAUCAAGACAACUCUGCGAAAGCUCUUAAGGCGGCACACUCUCGCUUUUAUCUUUCGAGGACUCCUUUGGCCGUGGGCAUUGUCGGCCCGGGCCUUAUUGGAGGAACACUUCUUGACCAAUUGAAGGAUCAGGCAGGACCCCUGAAGGAGGAUUUUAAUAUCGAUUUGCGGGUGCUAGGUGUUAUUGGAUCGAAGAAAAUGGCCCUUAGUCAUUCGGGCUUGAACCUUUCAAAUUGGAGAUCUACUUUGAAAGAGGAAGGUGAAGAAGCAGAUCUCGAAAAGUUUACAGCACAUUUAUGUUGCAGUCAUCCGAUCCCCAAUAUCGUCGUUGUAGACUGCACAGCAAGUUCUGAUGUACCAAAUUGGUACUAUCCAUGGAUGCGAAAAGGCAUGCAUAUAGUUACGCCAAACAAGAAGGCUAACUCAGGCUCUCUCGACAAGUACUUGCGUUUGAAGGAGCUUCAGAGAAAAUCGUACACGCACUAUUUUUACGAAGGGACUGUCGGGGCAGGACUGCCAAUCCUAAGCACACUGCAGGGGCUACUUGAAACUGGCGAUAAAAUCCACACAGUCGAAGGAAUUUUCAGUGGCACAUUGAGCUAUAUAUUCAACAACUUCCAUGGUCAAAAGACAUUCAGUGAAAUUGUCAAGGAGGCAAAGGCUGCGGGCUACACAGAGCCUGAUCCCCGUGACGAUCUCUCUGGGAUGGAUGUUGCAAGAAAGGUUAUUAUUCUAGCUCGGGAAUGUGGCUUGAAGCUGGAGUUGGAUGAUAUAUGCCUGGAAAACCUCGUUCCAGAGCCUCUGCGAGGAUGUGAAAAUGUGGAUGAGUUUAUGGACAAGCUUCCCGAGUACGAUCAGGCGAUUGCAGCUAGGAGAGAGCAAGCUGAAGAAUCAGACGAGGUGCUGUGUUACGUGGGUGUAGUCGACGUACUCGCGAGCCAAGGCCGAGUUGAGCUGCGGAGAUAUCCAAAGUCACACGCAUUCGCGCAGCUCUCCGGGAGCGACAACAUAAUCGCCUUCACGACUGCGAGAUACAAAAAGCAGCCAUUGAUCGUGAGAGGACCCGGAGCUGGGGCCGAAGUCACAGCUGCGGGCGUUUUUAGCGACAUUCUCAGGCUCGCAUCCUACUUGGGAGCACCUUCCUAGACAAUCUCGAGCACCAAAAGCUAGAGAAAGAAGAACAACGAGCUAGAAGAACCUGUGAAGCUCAUUCCAUAAGUCGUUCCAGCCAUCAAUAAAACAGUGGUCAUUUGCGAGACGACGCGAGCUCU